AUGUCUGAAGAUGGCGGAACGAUAGACGGGUUGGGGAUAGCUUGCCGAAUUAGUGGCCUAAUGGCGUUAGAGCGCGGAAUUAGUGGCGGAAUUCCUGAGGGGGAAGGGAGGGAGGACGGAGGGGGAGAGAAGGUGCGCAGAGAGGGGGAAGGAGGAGAGGACAGAGGGUUCCUGCUUCCCCCCAUCCCCUUCCCUGCUUCCCCCCAUCCCCUUCCCUGCUUCCCCCCAUCCCCUUCCCUGCUUCCCCCCAUCCCCUUCCCUGCUUCCCCCCAUCCCCUUCCCUGCUUCCCCCCAUCCCCUUCCCUGCUUCCCCCCAUCCCCUUCCCUGCUUCCCCCCAUCCCCUUCCCUGCUUCCCCCCAUCCCCUUCCCUGCUUCCCCCCAUCCCCUUCCCUGCUUCCCCCCAUCCCCUUCCCUGCUUCCCCCCAUCCCCUUCCCUGCUUCCCCCCAUCCCCUUCCCUGCUUCCCCCCAUCCCCUUCCCUGCUUCCCCCCAUCCCCUUCCCUGCUUCCCCCCAUCCCCUUCCCUGCUUCCCCCCAUCCCCUUCCCUGCUUCCCCCCAUCCCCUUCCCUGCUUCCCCCCAUCCCCUUCCCUGCUUCCCCCCAUCCCCUCCCUUUCUUCCCCCCAUCCCCUCCCCUUCUUCCCCCCAUCCCCUUCCCUGCUUCCCCCCAUCCCCUUCCCUGCUUCCCCCCAUACCCUUUCCUGCUUCCCCUCAUCUCGUUUCCUGCUUCCCCCCAUCCCCUUCCCUGCUUCCCCCCAUCCCCUGGCACCCGCACUCUCACUCUCCUUCCUCCCGCACUCUCUCUCUCCGUCCUCUCGCAUUCGCACUCUCCUUCCCACCACCCUCUGCCCUGUUCCCACCUGCUCUCCCCAUCCCUGCCUUUCCCUCCCUGCCAUGGGCUUCGCUUCCCCAUCCCUUCUCAACCCUUGCCUUCCUUUUCAUGCCCUCCCUUCCCCCUCACUCCUCACCUUCCGCCCUCUAGUUCCCAUGCAUGUGCACCCAUCACUGUCUCCCCAUACAUGCUUUCAUCAUGUGCGCUUGCUUGUGUUCCCUUGCAGUUGUUCCCUUGGCACCUCACACCACCUCCCCCAUGUUCCUUCACACAAUUCUUCCCUGCCUACUCCACUCCCCUAAUUUUCAGUGGUGAAGCAGAGGAGCAAGCUGAGGCGCAGCUAAAGCUAGUCCAUGCUUUACACCAUACCACCACCUGUUUCUUGUGUGUUGUAUGCAAGCAUGCAAGCUCCCCUCUCUCCUACCUCUGUCUGGGUCCCAAAAGCGGGAAAACAUAUAGUGAACUAGGAUUUGCAGCGAGGAGGCCUGAGCUCAUAGAGCAUGAAGCAAUCAAGAAGACAAGCUGCUAG